AUUUUUGGGCCCAAAUUCAUAGGCGGUGGGCCGUAUAUUGUUUUUUGGGCUUAUUCCUUGUCCAAUGGGUUUCUUGUGCAAAUUAAUCCCCUUCUAGUUAUUCCAAUCUUUUUUGGGUUUUGGAAUGUUUAACGAAAGUUAACCUAGCUAGUAGUAGUUUGUAGAAAGAUGCACAAUAAAUAACAAGAUUUAAGCAAAAUGAUAGCUCGAAUUUAAGAUCAAAUCAUAAACUUCAAUGGGACAAUAAAAUGCGCUUGCACUAUAAUUGGGUAAACACUUUUCUGAUUAUUCUAAUUCUAUUAACGAACCAUUGUUGUCUAAAUCAUUGAGUAUCUCUGGACACGUGUCAUAUCAGUCUUCCAAAAAACUUUUGAACACCGGUUCGUAGUGUGUGGAUCAUAUAUGAUUGUUUGUACAAUUAUUGAAGAUAUGUUAAUAAUUGCAUGAAAUUUUUGGACAACAAUAAAUAUAUGUGAAUUACAUAGUACAAUGUUUAAUCAUAUUUGGCACGUUUAUAAAAUUUGUAAGGGCUAAUUAAUUAUAAUUAAUAAGACAUAAUUCGGAUCCAAAAAAAAAACAAUUUAGGAUUGGUCAAGAAACUUACCAAACUUGCUUCAACGCCUUAGAAAUUUCUUAGCUUAUGUGUCUCCACUUUAAGAAAAAAGUUCAACAGUCUCAGCAUUGAAAAUCCUAAGUCUUCGUCUAGACUUCUAAGAAAAUCUUGUAAUGUUGAAAUUUGAAAGAAAGAAAUAAACAUUAUUAAUAUUUGUCUUAAACCAUAGAAGACCAUGACUUGGUCAAUGUUAUUACCAGUUCCUCUGCCGUGUUAACAAAAAACGAACUCACCCAUCCUAAGUAUCUCCUACCGGGUCAAUGGGUUAUCACUGUAGUUAGAUCUUUGGUUUGAAUUUUGCUAAACAAGUAUACUUGUAGCGUUAUUUAGUAAAUAUUUGUUGUUUCCCAAUGUGAAAUAGCCUAAAAGCUUGCUCUUGAUUCUUGGACAUAUUUUACCUGGCGACUAAGAAAAUUCCAUUUUUAGCUAACCCAACGCAAAAAAAAAACAGUAUAGGAAAUGGUAUUAUGUCGCUUUAAGAAAAUAAUUACAGUCUUUGAAUAAUCUACAUAUUCAAAAUUUCAAUAGAGUUGGAACCAACAUGGAAGCAAACUGUUCGGGCAUAAGACUAACCGUCAUGUACGUAUCUCUUCGUCUAUAUAUAUAUAUAUAUGUGUGCAUAAAUUUUUAAAAACAUGUACUCGUAAAUAAAAAAUAAGUUACCAAAUGGAAGAGGUAAUGUCAAUGAUCUUCCACGGAAUGAAACUAGUUAAAACGCUCGAGUCCAGCUUACCGGAAAAGCCACCGGAAUCGCUAUCAACCUCUCUUGACGAAAUCGCAAAGACAUUCAGUGAUGCAAACGAGCGGCUGAAGAUGUUACUAGAGAUUAGAAACUCCGAGACCGCGUUGAACCAACUCAAACCGGUGGUUGCGUCCGUUGCAAACCAGAUGUUAAUGCAGAUGGAACCGAGUUUGAUGCAAGAGUAUUGGUUAAGGUGUGGCGGGUCCACGUCAUCUCAUGAAGGAACCGAGGCCAUGUUUCAGACGCAGCUCAUGGCCGUUGAUGGUGGUGGUGGAAGGAAUUUGACGGCUGCAGCAGAAGGAUCCGGCGCUAGCGGUUCCUCCACGCCAAGGCAGCGGAGAAGGAAGGACGAAGGAGAACAACAAACGGUGUUGGUGGCGGCGCUAAGGACAGGGAACACAGAUCUGCCACCUGACGAUAACCAUACUUGGCGUAAAUACGGUCAAAAGGAAAUUCUUGGCUCUAGGUUUCCUAGGGCGUACUAUAGGUGCACCCACCAAAAGCUAUACAAUUGCCCAGCCAAGAAACAAGUCCAACGCCUCAACGACGAUCCUUUCACCUUCCGAGUUACAUACCGUGGCUCACACACUUGCCACAUCUACUCAACCGCCCCAACCGCAUCCUCUGCCGCUCCCACCGCUCCAAUCCCAUCCGUCACCACAGGUCAUUCCGUUGACUACGGUCUUGCUGUCGUUGACAUGGCUGAUGCUAUGUUUGGUAGCGGCGGGGUCGGUACCAACAUGGAUUUCAUGUUUUCUAUCAACGAUCCAUCUCAACAUCAUCAGCGUUUCCGGCAGCUGGACGACGGUGACGAAAACAAAUAGGAUUCAUCCACAGAUCGAAAACAAAUAUUUUUUAAAACAUUAAGUUAUGCGGAUUUAAUAUAUGGGUAGUGAUGCAGUGACAACAUUAACAAAAAUGUUGUUAAUUUAAUUUAUUUUUAUUUUUAUUAUUAAAGUUUUGCAUAUUACACGUGAAAUGGGAUCUAAUGAUGAGAAACAUGUCUUCUAGGGUAGUUCUGUUUCUUUGACAACGAAAAAGUGUUUUGUAUUUAGUGGUUUUUACAUAUGUAUUUUCAUUAUUUCAUAGUUUUCUUCUCAUUCUCUAAUUAUACAAGCAUAUC